AAAAAGGUUUCUUUCACUCUGAGGCACAGUUCAUGUUGAUUUUCUGAUCUCUGUAGAUUAGACUUUUUAUAUUUUUGGUCUUUCUUUAUUUCUUGAUAGACAUUUUUUGAGGAGAACAGAGAGGGAAGUUUUUGUUACCAGUUAGCAUAGCAUUCUUAGCAGCUAUUGGCUUUAUGCAUAGAGGAUUUUGAUAAAUCGUAUUAGUUCCUGUAAGACUCAUCUCUGAACGUUGACGGCCACAGCCUCUCAUCUAAAGACACACAGUGUUUGACGAUGACGUCCAUGAAGAUGUGGUAUCUGUUCCUCCUCGCUGCCGUCCUUUCCAUUGUUCCCACAGUGGCUGAAGUGGUGAAGAAGGUAUCCGACUGUGACCAGUUUCUCCUCAAAAAAAAUCCACCAGAUGUCACAGGCAUCUUGGAGGACAAGAAAAUGGACAAGAACCGAUACAAAUUCAUAUGUCAGACUUAUGACAAUAAGAGAAGGUUUCUGACGCUCUACGACACCAAGAACAAGAUUCCUGUGUAUUCUGCCUACAAGUACACAGGGGAAACAGAGAAGGGAAGGCCCUGUCUCAAAUGGAAAAUAGAGCCACAGUUUAGGCUGAGCUUCCUGUUGGACCGAGAUCUCUCACUUCUGAAUUUCCUAUACACACAGUGUUUGACGAUGACGUCCAUGAAGAUGUGGUAUCUGUUCCUCCUCGCUGCCGUCCUUUCCAUUGUUCCCACAGUGGCUGAAGUGGUGAAGAAGGUGUCCGACUGUGACCAGUUUCUCCUCAAAAAAAAUCCACCAGAUGUCACAGGCAUCUUGGAGGACAAGAAAAUGAAGUACCAGUACCGAUACAAAUUCAUAUGUCAGACUUAUGACAAUAAGAGAAGGUUUCUGACGCUCUAUGACACCAGGAACAAGAUUCCUGUGUAUUCCGCCUACAAGUACACAGGGGAAACAGAGAAGGGAACAUUCAAGACGCCGCAUUGGAAGAUAGAGCCACAGCUUGAGAACAAAGACGAGAACAAGAACAUGUGUGAUGUAGACAAAAACAAGACCUACACCAACCAGGCUGGGGACAAUGAUUACACAAACAAAACAGCAUAUAAUAGGGGCCCUUUAAUUCCAAACUCUUAUGGGUCCCAGAUAUCUGACAAAAACUCCACCUUUACUUUGACCAACAUCGUUCCACAAGAAGAAUCAUUCAACAGGGGAAGCUGGAGCAGAAUGGAGAAGUGCAUCAAAUGUGUUAUGGACGAAUAUUGCAAAGACAAGAACGGUUCUAUUAAAGCCUAUGUGGUAACUGGAGCAAUACCCAACUACAACAACAACAACAAACCAAAUAAUAGGGUUAAUAUUCCCUCCAAGCUCUGGUCAGCAUUCUGCUGCAAAAGCCCCAAAGAGAAAAAAUGGAUAGCAAGUGCACACUGGGGCAAAAAUGUUCCUGAUGAACCUAAAGGAAAAUAUCUGCCCACUAUCACUCUGGAGAAGCUCCGUGAAGAACUUACUGUAAUAGCCUUUCCUGAAACAAAGUGUCCUCUCCAAACAACCGUUAGUGAGUUUUACAAAAACCAAGACCCAGACUGCGAAUGCCAAAAAACCUAACAAUUUUCCCCCUCCCACUUAACAUCUGCCCCUUUGACACCACUUCUGGCCAUCCCACCAUCUACAUCUGCUUCUCUCUUUACCACAUCUGUGAAUACAGAGGUUUCUGUGGGGUUCAACCUGGAAAAUAUAAAGCUUUGGUAAAAAGAAAAAGAGACAUUCAAACAAAGCCUUCAAUCUGUAAAUAUUUCAUUAUGUUUAAGAGUGAAAUAAACUUUAAAAAAGGAUCAGCAGCUAACAUGUACGCAUAAUUAAACUAAUCAAGAUAAUUAACUAAAAAAUGAGUCAAUGCCGAAUUAACAAGUUGAAAAUUGUUCUGUCAUAAAUGUUUGAAUCUUCAGACUGAGCUGUUCGUUUACAUUUUACUGUGCUUUACUUUUUUGCUUAAUUUAAUUUCUUCUGUUGACUGGACACUGGAUAGAAGAAAAUUUCCUUCGCUUAGUUUCAGAUAGAAGACACUUUGUAAAUGUACACGAGGAUGUGAAUGAAAUAACCUGCAGACGUCUGAUACUGUGUGUGAAGUGGAGAUUUUAUCUUCAGAGUGAAUCAAAUUAAGCUUUUAUCAAUAUCUCAAACUUCUUGUAUGAAGAGAAGUUACAUGAUAUUAUCUUAUAAUUAUUAUAGCGGUUUUACAAACAUUCCCUGUUGGUCUUCAGAUAAUUGAUGAACCUUAAACAGAAGGCCAAACUGUGCAGUGUAAAUCAGUAAAUCAUCUAUUCUUCUUUGAUCUCUAUAGAAUAUAACAUAUUAAGAUUC